CGUAUUGCGUAGUCGCAAGUGCAAUAUCGUUGUUAGUUCUCCGGUGUUUCAUUAGAACACACACGACAGGAAGACAACGCACAGAAUAAGGCAAGGUUUUACUAAUAUUUGUUUAGUUAACUUUGUAACAUGUAACUGCAGUCAUUCAACCUUGACGUGAAUGAAUCAGGUAACGCUCUGCUCUGAGUAAAGUUUGGAGGACGUGCUGGUGGUGUAUGUUUUCGCAAAAUAGGAUCUCGUUUGACACUCUCUGUACUGUUAGAAUGUGCUUAGGAUUUAUUUACAUGAAAGUGUUUUAAACAGUGAAGGUGCCAUGCCGUUUCUCCACGGUUUCCGAAGAAUCAUUUAUGAGUAUCAACCACUGGUGGAUGCUGUCAUGAGUGUGAUCGAGCCAGAAGAAGCAGACGCAAGUCAAGAGGAUAGAAGUCCAGAAGACGAAAGACGUCUGUGCAGUUCUCUAGAGGAGCUGCUGGAGCGAGAGUCCCAUUCUGAAGUAUUCAUGGCGGGGAUCAGCUAUGCUCUGUUUAAGGUGGCAGAGCGAGGGCUGGUGCAUGUCGCUGAAGUCCUUCUACGGUACAGAGCAGAUCUUAAUUUUGAAGACCCAGUGUCCUACUACAAUCCACUGCAUAUAGCUGUUCUGAGGAACAGAUCAGACAUGGUGAAACUUCUGGUCGAGCACGGAGCUGACAUUGAAAAAAGGGACAGGAUCCAUGAGAGCAGUCCGUUGGAUCUUGCAAGUGAAGAGUCGGACCGUCUGCCCUGCCUGCUCACAUUGCUUGACCUUGGUGCUGAUGUGAACGCAUGGGAUAAAAGAGGAAAGACCCCUUUGCUGCAUGCCUUGGCAAGCAGUGAUGGCCUCACUGUGAACAACACAGAGAACAUCCAGCAUCUACUUGAAAGAGGUGCUGACAUCAAGGCUGCAACUGUAGAUGGCGAAACAGUUGAGUCGUCGUUGGUGUUUCUGGUCAAGGAGGCGCUUGAUGCCAACCCAGAGGAUGCUGCAAAGAUUGGAAAAUUCUGCUUGAAGACCACACAGUUACUGCUAGCCCACGGCGUGGAUCCUAGCUGUGAUCUAUCUGAUGAGUCCACUCUGACCCAAACAAGCCUGGAGCACUAUGACCUACUCUUCCCUCUGGCUGUGCUCAUAAUCCAAAGUGGAGCUUCUUUGGUUUGUGCCUAUCACGGCGACUCCUGCUGGUCAGCUUCCAGUCUUAUUUUCCAGCGGCUCCACUCAUCUCUGGGGCAAUGUUCAGAUCCAAAUCAUGCAUCUGAGCUGCUUGAGCAAGCUGAAGUUUUGCUGGACUUAAUGAGAGUAAACAAGCCGACACUGAGGCUGCAUUGCAGGUUGGGACAUACUAUACUUGGGCAGGACCCUCACCUAUAUGUUCAGGCUGUUGAAGAGCUAUACAGCCGAGUGGUCAAGCAUGAUGCUUGCCCUCCUGCUCUGAAAUGCCUUUGCAGGGCCUUUUUAAGGAACCACUCCCAGCCCUGGCCCCUGGAAAAAAGAAUCAAUGAUUUGCCUUUACCAGACAGACUGAAAGACUUCCUUCUCCCAGAGCGCACAUUUAAGACAAAGCCUGGUUGGGACUGCUUUAAGCCCCAGCAAAGUCAACGCUGAUCAUCUACUCUGUACUGCUCACAAUUGUAUGUAAAAAAAAAAAAAAAAAGUAAAUCGAUGCAAAGGCAGCAUUUGUACCUAAGUGGAACUAAAAUAAUUGAGGCACAUGGCCCAGCAGUUAUCUUGUUUCUGUGCCAUUUUUUUCAGUUGUGUUUUUACAUUUACUGUACUCAAAUGCCAAAUAUGCUACCUUCACAUUUGUCAUUGGACUCGCAGUAGAAACAUCUGUAAUGUGAGGCUGCAAGGUGUCAUGCGGUUGGUUGUAAUUCAUCAUAAAUGUCAUCAGAUGGCAGUGUUCUGUCACAUGCUAAAAAUACAUUUCUACCCCGUAAAAGGCAGGGAUCAAGAAAUUAAAUCAUGAUAAUGGUUUCAAACAUGAUUAAAAGAGCAGGAAUAUACAUUGUAUCACACUAACAGCCAAAUUGCAUUGGCAGGUGUGCUAACAGAGGCUUAAAAACGGAGUGACUGAUUUGUAGAAGUAGAUUUUCAUGAGCACGUUUAAAAAGUUGUGUGCAGAGGCGAAGGGAAUUACACAGAAAACUUCCCAUAGGUUUCCUUGUUUGUCAUUAAAUGCAAGCUCAUUCAACUGCAGUUUGUUGGGGUGUGCAUUGUUGCUGCCACCUAGUGGCCGUGAAUGUAUUUAACAUGCUCUCGUGCAUGUACUACUAGACAGCAAUUGUGGCGCAAGAUAGUAAAGUAAAUACCUGCAGUUUAAUGUUUCCCGUCACUGGAUGAUCAAUGUGCUCAAAAAUAAAAACGCCUUACCUUACUCGAUUAUCUUAUCUUAUUAUCUUAUUUAAUUCAAUAUUUUUUACUUUUCCACUUAUCUUGGCAGCAUAGAGUGUGUGCGAUUUGGGUUUAUUGAUGCAAUACAUCCUUGGCCCAUUUUGUCCAGUAAUUGAGAAAUGGAUGUAGUUUAGCUAACUUUUGUCAGCCUCAGCACUUAUUGCUACAAAAUCUUCAACAAACUGUAAUGUGUGUGCUUGUGAUUAAGGAAGAUGCAGUCACACAUGUAACUCCAAUCGCAUUAUUAAUGUAAGAUAUUUUCAUGACACCCUUAUUUUGUUUACGCAAUUAGGCAAAUGUGACAAAGAGCGCUCUUAUUUUGAAGGCCAUGUGUUGAGAAUUGCAAUUGACGUUUGAUACGCGCUGGGUGCGAGAAUAGACGUGCCUCAUGUCUUUUUUCACUCAGAACCUGCACGUCGUCAGUGGGCAUUGUAAAAUGGUCCUUACGAGCUGUAAAGCACAACACGGUGAAAAUAUACUCACCCAGCACACACACACACACACACGCAGCUGCACUGCUAAACUAAGCUAACCCCGGUAGCUUCCAUUCACACUCCGUAACAAAGGGGUUGCCAAGGUUUUUCGCCGUCGUUUGGACAUGUUUAGUAGUGUUUGUGAUGAGAUUCCGCCACGAUUGAGCGGCCCGCACCAUGACACAGCAGUCCGGGCACAGUGAGGGGGAACUACCGCUGUAGCUACGGAGUAGAACAUCCAAUGUCCAUAGUGAAAUGAGCUUCACCACUGUAGACUGCGGCCAUGUCUGCACGGCGGUGUUGCGUUUUCUUUUUGUGGGUGGCAACCAGCUUUGAGGCGCAUUACCGCACCUGGCCCAGAGUUCCGAACGUCAUACGUCCGGCGAAUCAGCUUGAUCUCAUGGUUGAACCCGAUAUUAUCCGAUCUUCAAAAUACAGUUGAUACCCCAUUUUAAGUAAGUAAAGUAUACAAGUAGACUGUUUGCAUUCAUGUUUAUUGAUCGAAUUAUUAAUUGCGUGCCUUACUAUAAGUACAGUAUAAAUAUAACUGUUUUAUGAUGAACUGAAUGAUUAAGUACUGAAUAGAAAUAAUGCUUUAUUAAAUAAUUAGCUGAGUAGAUGAACAACUGUUAAAGUGUGUCAAAGGUUAAACAGAAAUAAUGGUGUGUUCUCACAUAGUAUACAAUCAGCCAAAGACCAGCCAGCGUCAGCAGCCACAUAUGGUCACAGAAUGUGGCCAAAAUAGACCCAAUUAUCACCUGCUGGCGUCACACAACUUCGUCAAAGAAUCCGGAGAAAGUUAUCUUUGGAGAGACUGGCGCCAAUGGUCUGAGGAAACAAUUAUAAAAAGGCAGAAGAGGGGAGAGUUCGGGGCCCUCUCUCUUUCAGCUGGGGUGGAGGACCAGGGGACCGGUGGAUGAGACGGGGCACGGAGCUCUGGAAACUGUUAACCUAUUCUGUCUGAUUUAUUCUCAAUAGAAUUCUUAAACUUAAUUUGGUGUGUGAGUCUCUUUCUCUUAACUGGUGAAAUUGCCUUAAUUCAUUUUCUAAAUUAAGGCCGCUCCCUUUUCUACCCGCCUCCUGGAGCUGCUACUCCUUGCAAGUGUUAGCAGUAGGGUUGUCUUCGACUAAGGAUUUUCAUCGUCAAAUCGGAUUCAUUCGAUUUUAUCCAUAGUCGACUAAUAAUCCAAUAUUGUUGUUUUUUUAAUAGUACCGCUAGUUGCAAUCCCUACAAAUAAACACAUCUCAUUUGCGACUUUUUCCACUUCUGCUAAAACACUUGGAUAAACAAAUAAACAUGGUGGUUGUGCAACAACAAUACCUUUAUUUUUAUUUAUUUAGUGAUGCAGAAAGCAGUUGACAUGAUGACACAGUGCUGUGUUUAUCGGCCCGAAGUGUGUGGCAGUCGCGGCUAGUUCAAUAGCAUUGUCUGGUACUCCGCUGUUGAGUCAUGUCUCUGUGAAAAUGAUGACAUUGCAGUCCGAAAGUCUCUGACUGUGGGUGAUGUGGAGAUGUAACUUGUACAUUUUAUUCACGAAAGGCCACACAUUAGUGAAGAAAAUGCUGAGUAAGGACUGUCUGUGUAUUCUUACCUUCUGCUUAGCCCGUACCCCUCUACUGUACAUCCUCCUCCUUUCUGCCGCCCGGCUGAGUGGGGUGUGUAGACUACGGUACUCGGGGACGAGUUGAAGAUUGGUAAUAAAAACAUUGGUGCUGUGAAAUCCAUGUUAAACCAGACCUGGUAUGAGCAAGAUAAUAACUCCAAAACUGCAAAUCUGGAAGAGAUGCAUGCUGCCAUCUUGCAUAAGUAGAUGUCUUCUGUUAAACACACACAUCAUUUUCACUUCUUCAUUAACACAAAUGAGGAUGAAUUUGUAUCAAAAUAGGCUAUUCAUAACAAAACAAAGACAUUGUAUGUGAAAAUGUAUGCUCAUCAGCAGCAGCCGUGGGCCCUCCCAUGUCGUCGGAAUGCUAGUCUUACGGCAAGAUUGAUAACACAAACCUUUGCGAUUCUGUUUUUUUCUUUUUGACUUUUUUUUUCUUUCUUUUUUUUUUUUUACAAAAUUAUAAAUAUUAAAGUGAAGCCCACCCAUCCUUUUGGUUUUUGUGUAUGCAGCCCUCAGUGGAAGAAGUUUGGACAGCCCUGGAAUAAUUCAUGUUUUGACUUUUGGGAGUUUGAUGACUGCAAUAUACUAACUCCCCCGCUAGGUAGCGCCACCUACACAUGCUUUUUGUGCUUUUUUCCACUUGAGUGUGGCCUAGGUUCCCAAAGUGGGAUACACCAAUUGUCAUAGGGGGUACAAAAAUAAAAAUGAAAACCUAACACUCACAAAUGAGAGUGUGCCUGAACGCCUCACAGGGCAGAGUGCGCAGUCAGAGCACAAAGAAGGAAGGAGAGAGCAUGAGGUUCUUCAUUGCUCUGUGUGAGUUAUAUGAAUAAGUAAGUUUGAGCAUUAUGUUGCGCAUUGAGAGUGUUUCCUCUUGAAUAUUUAAUUUAUAUUGGCGUUCCAAUCCCCGCACUGUGAAAACCUAUCAAUGAAUGUGCGUGUCAGGAUGAGAGAGUACGGAUUCCCCCGGAAAUGACACUUCAUCGCUGAACAUUUUUGAAACAGAAUUACUUACUUCCUAUAAAAUUAACUAAUAAAUCAUGUUCGGUAUUUCGUUGAAGAUGAAGAUUAAAAAAGGUUUAUGUUUUUUAAGUGUGUAAGAGUCGGGGGUACAUGGCUUCAAGUCGGAUGUCUACAAGGGUAUGCGACUGUGAAAAGUUUGGGAACCACUUGUGUAUGGUAAUCCAGAAGAUGUCCAGUGUGAUAGUAUUAUUUUAUCAUCAUUUAUGUGUCGUGUACAUGAGAUAACUUUGAAAUCUCUCU